AUGAAGUGCGCUGGUUGCUUGAAGCCUAUUAGAGACAAUGCCGGUAUUAGUAAAUGUACCUCUACUGCAUGUGAAAAAAUUUUUUGCUCAGUGUGUAUAAAUGCUCCAAUACUCACUGUUGAGCGGAAGAUUUGGAAAUGUCCCGAAUGCAAUGCCGCGCAAAAAAAAGGUGGGGAUAACAGUCUUACUCCAGUUCGAGGUGGUUCUGAAAAUAUUACCACACGUAAAAAGCAGGACUCUGUGGGGUCUGAAAUAACCCAACUCACUGAACAGCUGCGCCUCCUUACCAGUGAAUUGUGCUCCGUUAAAACGAAAUUAAAUGACCUGACCCAAUCAAUUUCUUAUACAAACGAGCGAAUGGACAUCUCGCAACCACCAAUGAGAAAAUAA